AUGGGCGGCGGCAAGGGCGGCUCGGACUUCGACCCCAAGGGGAAGAGCGAGCGUGAGGUGAUGCGGUUUUGCCAGGCCCUGGCGACGGAGCUGUUCCGCCGCAUUGGCGCCGACACGGACGUUCCCGCCGGCGACAUCGGCGUCGGCGGCCGCGAGGUGGGCUACAUGGCGGGCAUGACGCAGAAGCUGACGAACUGCAAGGCCUGCACCUUCACGGGGAAGGGCGUUGCGUUUCAAGGGAGCCUGAUGCGCCCCGAGGCCACGGGCUACGGCGUUGUCUACUUCCUGGAGGCCGUCCUGAAGCGGCACCAGCAGGAGCUGCAGGGGAAGACGGUGCUCGUGUCGGAGGCCGGCAAUGUGGCGCAGCACGCCAUCGCGAAGUGCCUCCAGCUGGGGGCGAAGGUGAUCAGCGUCUCGGACUCGCGCGGUUGCGCGCACGACGCGGCGGGCUUCACUCCGGAGAAGCUGAGGACCCUGAUGGACAUCAAGGGCGCGAGGCACGGCAUCGUGGAGGAGUACGCGAAACAGGUGGGCGCAGAGUACCACGCAGGGAAGCGACCGUGGCACCUGAAGGCGGAUAUUGCGCUGCCGUGCGCGACGCAGAACGAGCUGGAGCUUGAGGACGCAAAGAGCCUGAUCCGGAACGGCGUCCUCGCUGUGGUGGAGGGCGCAAACAUGCCGACGACGAUGGAGGCGACGACGGAGCCCAUAAACGCCGGCGGGGUCGCCGUCUCUGGCUUGGAGAUGACGCAGGACGCCAUGCGCCUGGGCUGGACGGCGGAGGAGGUGGACAAAAAACUCCACGGAACCAUGAACUCCAUCCACGGCGCGUGCGUGAAGUACGGCACGGAGGGUGGCAAGACGAAUUACGUGAAUGGCGCCAACAUUGCCGGCUUCGUCAAGGUCGCGGAGGCGAUGAAGGAACUUGGCGUCGUUUGA